AUGGUCAGCAAUCGCCUCGACAAAGUGCACAAGAAGAUUACGAAGAAGAAGGGCAAGAAUCCCAAUCUUCAUGAAGGCAGUCGGGACACGAAGCGGUUACAGAGCGCAGCGCAAAGAGACGACAAGCUCAACCGCCUUACUAAAGUCCGAGAACACCAAAAUCGUCCAUACCUUUUAAGAAUAAAAUCGUUCCAAUCAUAUACCACAGAGCACGAAUCACCACUCAGUGUACCCGAAGUCCAGGCUAUGAUCGAAGACUACCUAGGUCGCGAUGAUGAAGAGCUGGCAAAAUUGAAAGCAGAACGUCGUCCGGGACGACCACCAAGCACGCGUCAAAACCUGCUGGAGAUUAACCAGAAAACCGAGCAGGACGAGUAUGCUUCCGGCUUCUGGGUACCGGACCUUGAGGACGUUAUCAACCUGAGGAAGUUGAAGGAAUGGAACGGUCAGUGGGCCCAGCUCGCCACGCUCAAGUUUGCCAGGAUCUCGAAGGGAGGGUUCAGGAAGGAGUCUAGCUUCCCACCAAAGGGCAUGUCGUGA